CUCUUUGUUUUAAUAUUAUACAUGCAGUGCUUUAUACUGAUUAUUUUGUCGUGUUUUAUAUUUAAAUAUGGGAGCACUGUAUUAUGGUAUAAACGAGUUAAUCGAAAUACGAAUGUGUCAUAUAGAAGCCAUGAUCAUAGACAUUGCGAAUGUGGAAAGAAAAAUUUUUUGUCGUCCAGAAUAAUCGGAGGACAAGAAGUUCGCGAAAAUGAGUUUCCCUGGAUGGCUGGUAUUAUAAGUGUCAGUAGAUCACAAUUAAUCUGCGGAGCGUCAAUUAUAAACGAUCAUUAUGUAAUAACAGCAGCUCAUUGUAUCCCACAUGGUUUUGGCAAAGAUGAUCUGAAAGUAUAUGUCGGCGCCCAUGAUGCAUGUAAAUGGGACGCAAGAAGUACAAUCUUUUCUGUUGAAGAAAUUUUUCCACACCCACGUUAUGAUAGACGAACAAACUUUGCCGAUAUUAUGCUAAUUAAAUUAGUUAUGAGAAUUACUUUUAAUAAAUUUGUCAAACCAAUUUGUUUACCAAAAAUUGGACUCGAUGUUUUCUCUAAAUUUCGAAAAAAAUCCGUAUCUGCACUUGGUUGGGGACUCUCUGAAAAUGAUUCCUUAGUUUAUAAAGAAUGCGGUUUGCGUAUCGUAGAUUUAACAUUGUUUAAUCGAUCAGAAUGUCCUAAUAACGUCGGAAAUUUAAUUUGUGCAGGAUAUAAAGCAUCACCGCGCGGUACUUGCAGGGGUGACAGCGGUGGUCCACUUCAGAUAAUCGACGAGAAUUAUAAAUACAUCUUAAUAGGAAUUACUUCAAAUGGAAUAUUAUGUGCCAAUGUUAAUUAUCCAGAUUUCUAUACGGACGUCACACAAAUGGUUUCGUGGAUUUUACGAAUAACUAAACAUGAUUCCAAAUACUGUUGGCACUAACUAUAUACUCUAUCAUCACAUAAUACGUAUAAUUAGAUAAUUAUUAUCUACAAAAUGUGUCUACAAGAGAGAAUA